AUGAGAACUAUGGAACUGACUGAUCUGGGCCGGGACCCUCCAGCACAGUGCUCAGCAGGACCGGUUGGAGAUGACUUGUUUCACUGGCAAGCAACAAUUAUGGGACCUAAUGACAGUCCAUAUCAAGGGGGUGUGUUUUUCUUGACCAUUCAUUUUCCUACAGACUACCCUUUCAAACCACCUAAGGUUGCAUUCACCACAAGAAUUUAUCACCCAAAUAUUAACAGUAAUGGCAGCAUCUGUUUGGAUAUUCUAAGGUCGCAGUGGUCUCCUGCGUUAACUAUCUCUAAAGUUCUAUUGUCCAUCUGCUCACUGUUAUGUGAUCCAAACCCAGAUGAUCCAUUAGUGCCAGAGAUAGCACGUAUCUAUAAAACAGACAAUGAAAAGUACAACAGAAUAGCUCGGGAAUGGACUCAAAAGUAUGCCAUGUGAUACCUGAAGAACAUCAGACCAAUCUGCAGUAUAGCUGGAAAAAAAACUUUUUUUCUUCCCCUCAAUGAAUUGACAGUUCCCCGUGUAUUCAGACCAUAUCAGUUCUGCUUGGUUAUUUUGACCCCCUUCAACCUUCAUUCAUAUGCUGUAAAAAGACCACGACAUUGCAAAGAUCACCAACUUUAUGUUCAGAAAAAUGCUUGUGUCAAAGAAGCAUGUUUUAACUACGAGCUCAGCCAUUUUUUAUUGAGAUAAGAAAAAGAAAAAAAACAUAACUAAGGUGAAACCAUCGAACGCUUCUGACUCACGCCACUGACUAGAGGUGCUACUUAAGAAAAAGAAACAACGAUUCUGCAGGUGCCAGUGUAACUCAAAGUCGAUCUGUUGCUCGGUUGGCCUUCAUGUUUUUAUAUGCUUUUACAAUAGCAAUGAGAACUAUGGUCUGUGAAAUAUAUUCUUGCUUAUAACUGACUGUUUCUUACAAAAUCAGUCACGUCAUUGUAUCAGCAGUUACGAAAAAAUAUAUAUUUUGCAUGUUAAUGGAACAAUUAAAGUAAUUGGUCUGUGGUCUGCCAAAAAUGAAUAUCUGCAGACAAUGUUAAGCGAAUACAUGUCCACUUUUAGAGUCUGAGAACUUAUUUUGUUACUUCUUUUCUCUCCUCUUUUUGAUGUUUUUAGAAUGGGGAGCUAUUAGUUUGUCUAUCCUCCUAAACACUGUUCUCUCAUUGCACUGAAUAUAUGUGAUUGGAAGCUCUCAAUGGAUGACCGAUCAACUAAUAGCUCUACUAGCUGUUCAUUUUGUUUGCUUAAUAAAGUUGCUAAACUAUCA